AUGUCUUCGUCUCCGUCGGCGGACAGCUCUGCCCCGCACCUCCGCAAGCCCCUUGGCUCUAGCAAGGGCGCGGGCAGCGAUAUGUCCAUGAUGUUCUUCGCCCAGCCCGACUGCCCCGCGAGGUUCGCCCACCACGACGAGCACCGCAUUAGGGGCCUCAACGCUGAGGCUAUCGCCCGCGUCCUCCUGCCGGUGCCCUCGUGGCUGCUCGAGGCCGACUACGCACCCCUCCGGGCCGAGGGCGACGACCUGGGCCCCUCUCUCUUCUUUAGCCUAAACCUCUCUAUCUACGGCCAGCCAAUCGUCGACACGGACUGGUCCGAGCAAUGGUUCCUAUGA